CGUAUUUUUCAAAUGAUAUCGUUGAAUUAUGUAUCGUGAAUUGAGAAAUAAUUAAUCAAAAUAAUCAUAUAAUGUCAAGGAGUACUAUAAAUCUUCUAAGCAAAUUUAUUUUACGAACUUGUUUAAGAGGACGUAAAAUAAUUAAUGUAAAACAAAUACAAAAUCGAACUUUCAGUUCGAAUGCUGAACAAUCUGGGAAAAGAAUUUUAGAAUGUUUAAACGAAAGAUCCGUAUUACGUGUUAGUGGAAAUGAAUCUGCUGCAUUCUUACAAGGUUUAAUAACUAAUGAUAUAGGACAUUUACAUGAAGGUUCUGCUAGUAUUUAUUCUUUAUUCUUAAAUAUCAAAGGUAGAGUUUUGUUUGAUACUAUUUUGUAUAAGAGCAAAGAAAACAAUGUUUUUUAUAUAGAAUGCGACAGUGAAGUAACGAAAUCUUUAGAGAAACAUUUAAAGAUGUAUAGAGUAAGAAAAAAGAUAGAUAUAUCGUUGUUAGAUAAUGAUAUGAAAGUUUGGUUUAUGUUUGAUCCAACUGAGAUCACUAUUGAUGGUAAAGAAAAUGUAAACGAUACUUUGGAAGGUUCUAUUUUUCCUUGCGGUACUAAUAAUAAUAAAGGCAGCAAAUUUAUAGACAAUGUUAUAAUAUGCGAAGAUCCUAGAUCAUCGAAUUUUGGUUUAAGAAUUCUGGCUGAAUCUAAUAUCGAAAAAUCAGAAAUUAUCAAAUAUUUGGAUCCUAAUAUCACAGUUUCUAAUGAUAAUUUAAGUUAUAAAGAAUAUAGAUACAAAAUUGGUCUUGGUGAAGGUGUCAGCGAUUUACCACCAGGCAAACCAUUACCUUUGGAAAUUAAUUGUGAUUAUUUACAUGGUGUUAGUUUUUACAAAGGUUGUUAUAUUGGACAGGAACUAACAGCUCGUACUUAUCAUACUGGCGUAGUUAGAAAACGUCUGUUACCUUUGAUAUUUGAUCAGAUUCCAACUAUAUCUUUUGAAUUUGAUGAUAAAAUUAUUGACGAGUCUGGUAAAAUAAUAGGCAGUUAUCGGGGACACAGUAAUAAACACGGUUUAGGAUUAAUGCGUUUAAAUGAAACAUUUAAUGCUAAACAAAUUGAAAUACAAGGAUGUUCAAUAAAAAUAAUUAAACCUGCGUGGUGGCCGCGUGAUUCUAAAAUAGGAGUAUCUACUCAAUAAAGAAAUUAAAUCUAAUUAUUAUUAUUAUUAUAAUUAUAUGAACGUUAAAUAAAAUUAUUGUAGCUUAAAAAUGAAAUGAAAUCAAAUGUAAUUUUAAAUCUUAUCUCCGUUUUUAUUAUUUUUCUUUUUUUUCUUUUUAUAGAUGAC